CUUCGACCCCAGACUCCAGCACAGACAAAGCCUGGGGUCGUCCGAGAUCCCGCCCAUCGGCCCUUUAUCAGCCUCCAACCCGUCAUUCUGCGGGUUGCACCAGGACCAUCACCACCGGCCCCUUGCGCACACGUACAUCCACUGUUUACAGGCUAUAGUUUAAGGGCACUCGUGGUGUGAACGUUUGAACAUCGUCACUGUGACCACGACCCUGAGCAGUUCUCGUACCAUUCACCCUUACCCCGCACUUCCAUCUCGUACGACCUGACGACUUGCCCCGCGAUCGUAAUCAAUCUACACAACUGCUUUCCCUACUGUUGGAUAGCCCAAUAUGAGUCGUCCAAGCGGCACAAGCGGCUCCGUCGAACUCGCGCCCGACUUCUUCUCCGCCGGCCUGCACCUCCCAAGCGCCCGCACCUCCUACGGUUAUGCGCAACCCAUGUCAUCUUUUCAGCCUCGCAUCGUCCGCGGCUCCAACCUCACGUCUAGCUCGCACGCGGCCUCUGACGCAAUGUCCCGCAUCCGCCGUGCCUCUGGCGCCAGCGUCAACCCACCGCGCACGGCACCGCGCCGCACGUCCUCUGCCUCUCUUGCGCACACCAGCUCAGGCACGACGACGAGCCCGUACUCCCUCGUCCCCGCCUCCUCCGGUGCGGCCUCCACGCCCUCCGUUUUUCCCCCGCCCGCGUACCUGUCGCACUCCGCGCUGCGGCACCUGCUUCAGACGGAGCUCACGCCCGCGCUCCCUGCCGGCCGCUACGGCACGCUAUCCGCCUCGUCGGGGCCCACCGCCUCCGCCGUCUCCUCCGCCCGACUUAGCCUGAGCCCCAGCCCACAGCCUCCCAGCAGCCGCUUGCGCCGCGUGCAUCAGCAGCCCUUCGCGCGUUUCGCCCGCCGCACGGCGACGCCGAGCACCGAUUCGGACGACGAUUCUGUUUAUAUUGCCCCGCGCGCCGCCGGGGUCGAAGGCGGCGAGGUCGUCGAGAAGGCGGUCGCCCCCGUGCUGCGCCUCCCCACAAGAUGGUCGGACACGGAUCGACACGCGAGCUUGAGUAUCAGCGCGGACGGGCGCGAGCUCGGCUUCCACGGCCCCUCGAGCAGCGGCGAGCGCGACGCCGCGGCGGCGAGGACGAAUCAUCCGAUCCCUGCCGCGUGCGGGGUGUAUUACUUUGAGGUCGAGAUCGUAUCUAAGGGCGCUAAAGGACAUAUUUCCAUCGGUUUUUCGGCGGCGGAAGUUAGGCUGUCGCGCUUGCCCGGCUGGGAACAGCGGUCGUGGGGCUACCACGGCGAUGACGGCUAUUCCUUCGCGGCCGAGAAGAGUGGCACGAAGUACGGGCCUACAUUCGGCACGGGCGACGUCAUCGGCUGCGGCAUCGAUUUUUCGACCCAGCGCGCGUUCUACACCAAGAACGGCGCGUUCCUCGGCGCGGUGUUCGACGGCGUCGGACGCGACCCCACCGUCGAGCUCUACCCGUCCGUCGGCCUGCGCCACGCGGGCGAGGCGGUUCGCGCCAAUUUCGGGCAUGCGCCGUUCCGGUUCGACGUGGAUGAUCACGUGGCUCAGGCGCGGGAGGCGGCGUGGUCGACGAUCGGGCGGACGUUGGUAGUGCCGCAAAUCGAGGCGGGGGAGGGGGAGAGCGUGAAGGAGGAGGGUCUCGAGACGAAGGUGUGGGCGAGCGAGGACCGAGGGGCGGCGUCGAGGAGGCGGUGGGUCGUGCGCGCUGCGGGCCGGCCGGAGAGCGUGGUCAACUUGGCGAAUCCCGGUUUGGGCGCGAGCGCGGAGGAGCGUGCGGCGGAGAAGGAGGCGUUGAAGGCGCCGAUGGAUGCGCUCGUCCUUGGCUAUCUGGAACAUCACGGCUUCGUGGGUGCUGCCCGCGCGUUCAGGGCGCAGCUCUCCAGCUCGCGGGACAGCGCGGGCGCGCUGGAGAUCAAGCAGGAGGACGCGGAUGCCGUGAUGUCCGACGCCGACGCGGACGGGCCCUCGGCCCCGCCGGACGACCCGGAGAUCGCGCUCCGGACGCAGAUCGUGUCGGCCGUGUCGCGCGGCGAGAUCGACACGGCGCUGGGGCUGCUGGAGGCGCGCUGCCCUGGCGCGCUCGAGAAGCAGCGCGGGCUCGUACGGCUCAAAUUGCGUUGCCGCCGGUUCGUGGAGCUCAUGCUCGCCGUCGCGGAGCGGCUCCGGGCGGUGAAGCGCGCGCAGGCGGAGGCGGAUGUGGGGCCGGCGGAGGCGGACGGAGCGGGGCCCGCGGGGGGAAAGAUGGAUGGAUUCGGCGCGAUGGAGGUGGAUGAGCCAUCGCCGGCGCCGCUGCUUUCAUCCACGGUGCGCAUCGACGGACGCGGGAACAGCGCUCAUGGGUCGGCCACGCCCUCCGCCGUCGCCGGUGUGGACGGCGCUAGGGGCGGGCUGGAGGAGGCGAAGCGCGCGUAUGCGGCUGCGCUUGGCGACGCGCUCGCUUAUGGGCGCACGCUGCGCAUGGACCAUAGGGACGACGCGCGGGAGGAGGUGCAGGCGCUGCUGAAGCGCACGUUUGGUGUCGUUGCGUACGAGGAUCCGCUCGCGAGUGGUGUGGACCGGGCGGUGGCGGAGACCGCCGGGCCGGAGGGCCGUGCGGCGUUGGCGGCGGAGGUGAACAAGGCGGUCCUUGAAUCGCAGGGGCGCCCGGCGAUCCCGGCGCUGGAGCAGGUGUAUCGCCAGGCGGGGGCGUGUGUCGUACAACUGGGCUUGCUUGGGGUGGGCAUGGCGGCGUUCGCGGACAUGCCGCGGGAGCUCCUCGACGCUUGAGCUGGAGCUGACUUGCGACUGCCUUGAACUUCGGUAACUAUUGCUGUUGUCUGUGCCCGUAUGCUCCGCUGGAAGGUUUGACUGUAUAAUUAGCAGGAAGAGGAAAUCCCUUGUGCAACCACCGCUCGUCGUCUCGCUAUGCCCUUUGUACACUACGCCAUGCAGAUCAAUGGAAUUGUACGUAUG